ACGCUGUCACAUGAUCUAUCACAUGAGUAAACAAAAUGGCAGCUGCCGUUUGUAAAUUAGUUUUUCUACUAGUAACAACAACAUUAAUAUUGACAUCAAUAGAGCAGAUCAAUGGUGAAAGAAGAUUUGAGAUAGAUUAUUUAAACAAUACUUUCUUAAAGGAUGGUGUUCCCUAUCGUUAUGUAUCAGGGAGUAUGCAUUACUCCAGGGUACACCCAGGUUACUGGAAAGAUCAGCUGAUGAAAAUGAGAGCUGCUGGGCUUAAUGCUGUACAAGGUUACGUUCCAUGGAAUGUUCAUGAACUUACACCUGGCAACUUUACGUGGAGUGGGGCAUCAAACCUAACUAAUUUUCUAGAAUUGGCCCAGGAAGCUGGUCUAGGUGUGCUUCUGAGACUUGGACCUUACAUAUGUGGAGAAUGGGAAUUCGGUGGCUUUCCAGGCUGGCUUCUAACAGAGGACCCAAACAUGGUUUUUAGAACCAGUGAUCCAUCCUAUUUAAAAUGGGUUGACAAAUGGUAUACAGAGCUUUUAACUAAAAUAAAACCAUAUUUAUACAACAAUGGUGGUCCCAUUUUAAUGGUACAGAUAGAAAAUGAAUAUGGAAGUUAUUUUGCUUGUGACCAAGAUUACUUGUAUUACCUUCGUGAUAAAGUGAGAUCUAUACUUGGUAGCCAAGUAAUAAUUUAUUCUACUGAUGGCGGGGCUGAUUACUUUCUUAAAUGCGGGAAAAUUGAUGGGGUGUAUGCAACGAUAGAUUUUGGAGCUACAGAUGAUCCUGUGGGAGCAUUUCAGUCCCAGAGAGAUUAUGAGCCGUUCGGGCCACUGGUAAAUUCAGAAUUUUAUCUUGGCUGGCUUGACCAUUGGGGAACACCACAUGAGACUACAGAUGCCACACCUGUUGCUAAAAGUCUUGACAAGCUAUUAGCAUAUGGAGCUAAUAUCAAUAUGUAUAUGUUUGUUGGAGGUACCAAUUUUGGCUUUUAUAAUGGUGCAAAUAUUCCACCUUAUCAACCUGUACCAACCAGUUAUGAUUAUGAUGCCCCAAUCAGUGAGGCAGGGGACAUAACUCCUAAAUUUUAUGCAAUGCGUGACAUAAUUGCCAAGUAUUUGCCACUACCAUCUUCACCUAUUCCUCCAAGCACUAACAAGACCAAAUAUGGAGAAAUCCCAAUAGAAUUUGUCUGUACAAUACAAGAUGCGCUGCCUCAUCUAACACCAGAAGGCCCAGUGAACCUAAUGUAUCCUGUGUCAAUGGAGCAGUUGAAAUUUUACAGUGGAUUUAUAUUGUACAGAUUUGUAUUGAAUGAAACAUAUAAUACACCAACUGUCUUGUCCACUAGAGGUGUUAGAGACAGAGCUUUUGUAAUGGUGAAUUCAGUCCCAUUUGGAAUUCUGUAUAGAGAAGAUUCAAUGCAAGUACAAAUAACAGGCAAUAAGGGACAUGUGGUAGACAUUUUGGUUGAGAACCAGGGCAGGGUGGGAUUUUCUACUGGUAUGAAUUUCAACACAAAGGGUAUAAUUGAAAAUGUAACCCUUGGAGGAAAUGUUGUCACCAACUGGCAGAUUUAUCCUCUACAUUUAGAAAAUAUCAAUUCAAAAUUAGUAUCUGUUAUGAAAUCAAGAAACAUUGUUAAUAAACCAAUGAAGUCUCCUAAUUCAAAUCUAAUGACUCCAUCCAUUUAUGUUGGUUCUAUAAACAUUCCAUCUUCUCCUGAUCAACCACAAGAUACAUUCCUUGACCCACGCCCUUGGGGGAAGGGACAAGCCAUCCUUAAUGAUUUUAACCUUGGUCGGUAUUGGCCAGGUAUGGGUCCACAGGUUACAUUGUACAUUCCAAAAUUUGCAUUUAACAAUCAAGGUGGGUUGAACCAAAUAUAUCUCUUGGAGCUGGAGAAUUCUCCUUGUUUCAUGGACCAAGCACAGAAUGAUUGUUCCAUUACAUUAACAGAUACUGCUUAUUUAAAUGGGCCUAAUGGUCCAGGCAAUAAACAUAAACUUCCUGUUAGACAAGGAAAUCCUGAUUAUCAUUUAUUACAUUGACAUUGUUUCUGUUUAAAUGAUGAAUUGAUGUCAUCAGAGUGCAGAACAUGAGCAAUCAUUUUCUUAUUAUUGCAGUUAUCCUUGUUACCACAUUAAAAAUAGCAUUUGCAUUAUGGACAGCAUUGUAUUAAUUUGCCUUUCCAACAGUCAAUUAUCAGCUUGAAAUACUAUUUCGAUAUUUAGAUGAAUAUUCAUUGCUGAAAAGCAAUACCUGGAUAUUUUCAUGAUUUUUUUUUAAAAUAUAUCCUACAUUAUUAUAACUUAAAGCAUGUUAACUUUAAUUUUUAAAUUACAUUAACAUCAUUCAAGGUUAAUAACCAUUCAUUUUAAAACAACAUACAGAAUUUUUUGUAUUUAUUAAGUCAUUUUUAAAAACUUAUGAUAUAAGAGUAUAAACAGGCAUAUCAUUUAAAGUAUUCAUGUAUGUUUUUGAGUUUAACAGAACAAAAUUGAUUUUGCACAUAAUUAAUAUUUUAUUUUUAUGAGUACUUGAACUUUCAGGCUCAUUUAUUUCAGUAUUUUAUAAUUUUUUCUGGUCAUGUGAUAAUUUUUUUUUUUCAAAAAGCACUGUAAGCCAUCCAUUUAUAUUGAUACAUCAUCACUAUUGAUUAUAUUGUUCUCUUUUAAUUGCUAGUAAUACAUUCUAUAUAUUGAUAAAAUAUGCAUAAUUUACCCGGUUGUCUUUAUAUUUGAGAAUACAGUUUGAUAACACACCUUUUAAGGAAGUAGAAAAUUCUUGCUCCUGGCUACUCUACAAAUAAUCUACAAGACAAUAUAAUGAUAAAUAAUUAGAAAAACAUGUAGUCUAUAGGUACGUAGUUUAUUAAAAUCAUGAAUGUACACUUGUGCCUUAAAAAUUUUACAUUCUCAAAUUGUGUAUUACUUUUAUGCAUGUGAUAUUAAAUAAAUCAACUGGCAAAUUU